AUGUCUGCCUACCCGACCAACGUGUUCACCGUCCAGCCACAACCCCAACAACAUCCUGUUUACGUGUGAGUGAACCGCCGAUCUUCGGUGCCUUAGAUACUUUCCAUUUCAGUGUUCAGCAACAGCCGCAUGACUAUAAGGGCUCUUCGUCCGGCUGCUGCGAGAGCUGUCUCGCCUGCUGCGUCUGUUGCCAAUGCUGUGUUAGCUGCUGCUCCCUCUUCACUUGCUGGGCUGAAAUCUGUUGUGCUCUUUGCAACUGA